AUGGACGAGAUUCGGUCCAUGUCGGACGUUGAAUCCCCUGAUGAACGCGAGAUUGGUCCCUCGUGGAAGGUCGCCAAUCCGGCACCCCUGGCUUUGUUCGCUUUUGGCUUCAUGACGGCCUUCCUACAGGGUGCCACCACCAAGAUCACAGAUGAUCAGCCCACAAAGGACUUUACCGCCUGCUUUGCAAUAUUCUUUGGUGGCCUCAUGCCCUUUAUUGCUGGAAUGUGGGAAAUGUGGAAGAACAACUCAUUUGCAGCCGUGGCCUUCAUGAGCUAUGGUGGCUUCUGGCUGAGCUGGGGCCUCUACAUGAUCCUCAAGUCGGCGAAUGUAUGGACUGGCCAGUCGAGUAACACGCCAAUUCCAGACUACAGCCUGAUCAAGACUCAGGAGAUGAUGCUGAGCCUGUGGGGCAUUAUCACCUUCUGCUUCUUCAUUCAGACCCUGCGCAUCAAUCGCGUGCUCCAGGUGGUGUUCUUCUCGCUCAUGGUUCUCUUCUUCCUGUUGGCCGGCGGCAUCCGCAGCGAGACCUGCAACAAGGUGGCCGGCUGGUGGGGCAUGUGGGUCGCCUUCAUCUGCUUCUACGCAGCCACCGCCAUCCUCACUGUGGACGUCUGGGGACAUGAGUACCUUCCUCUGUGGCAUGUCAAAAUGGCGCCCCCGGCCGCCGCUGUCCAGCGUUCUGUUGGAAGUGUUGCCAGCUCGGCCGAUCGCCCCCAGCAAGACAAGUAA